AUGGAUGUUGGAGAACUGCUCUCGUUCAAACCGACACCAACUCCCAAACGGCCCAAUGAAGAUGAGCUAGAAGAUUCUGAUGAUGACAACAGCCGUUCUUCAAAAAUGCGCCGACUGAAUAAAGCUGCAAUAGAACGCAUGUCUCAGCCUAGUAAUAAUUAUCUUCCCAAGGAACCAGCAAUAACAGAUAAAGAAAGGGAAGAUAUUUUAAAAUUUGUUGAAACAGAAGCAACUGAAGGAGAGAUUUUAGAUGACACUGCAGUAAAAAAACUAGUGCUCAAUUUUGAAAAAAAGGCAUUAAAAAAUAGAGAAAUGAGGAUAAAGUUUCCAGAUCAACCUGAAAAAUUUAUGGAAAGUGAAAUUGACUUAUAUGAGGCACUACAGGACUUAAGUGCAGUAGCGACAGUUCCAGACCAAUAUCCAUUAUUAGUAGAUUUAAAAUGCAUUAACUCUUUGCUAGAGCUUCUUUCACAUGAUAAUACUGAUGUUUCUACUAAAGUAGUUAAUCUUUUACAAGAGUUAACAGAUGUAGAUAUCUUGCAUGAAAGUGAAGAAGGUGCUGAAGAGUUGAUUAAUGCUUUGGCUGAAGCAGAAAGCCCUUCACUACUGUUGCACAACUUGGCCCGUCUAGACGAGCAAGUACCAGAUGAAAGAGAUGCUGUUCAUAAUACUUUAGGUAUAAUUGAAAACCUAACAGAAUUUAGACCAGAAUUAUGUGUAGAAGUAGCAAAACAAGGCUUUAUACAGUGGAUCCUAAAACGAUUGAAGGUGAAAAUUCCAUUUGAUGGCAACAAGUUAUAUGCAACAGAAAUUUUAUCAAUAUUGUUACAAAACACUCCAGAGAACAGGAAAUUGCUUGGUGAACUAGAUGGCAUUGAUGUUUUGCUUCAACAGUUGGCUUUCUAUAAACGGCAUGAUCCAAGUGGAGCAGAGGAACAAGAGGCUAUGGAAAACAUGUUUGAUUCACUCUGUUGUGCACUAAUGGAGCCCGCUAACCGGGACCGCUUCUUAAGGGGAGAAGGCUUGCAACUUAUGAAUCUGAUGCUUAGGGAAAAGAAAAUGUCUCGUAAUGGAUCAUUAAAAGUUUUAGACCACGCUCUGGCGGGACCGGAUGGUCGAGAUAAUUGUAACAAGUUUGUAGAUAUUUUAGGACUUCGCACAGUAUUUCCACUGUUCAUGAAAACACCGAAACGAAAAAGAAUACUAACAGUUGAUCAACAUGAAGAACAUGUUGUGUCCAUAAUAGCAUCCAUGUUACGCAAUUGUCAAGGCAGUCAAAGACAGAGGCUUUUAGCAAAAUUUACCGAGAAUGAUCUAGAAAAAGUUGAUAGGUUAUUAGAAUUACAUUUUAAAUAUAUGGACAAAGUAGACCGAACUGAAAAAGAAAUGGAACAAGAAGCUGAAGACCUAGAUGAUGAAGCCCAAUAUUUAAAAAGAUUGUCUGGUGGUCUGUUCACAUUGCAACUUAUUGAUAGGAUUAUAUUAGAGGUGUGCACCGCCGGUCCGCCCACUAUAAAGCAGCGCGUACAGCGCGUGUUGUCACUUAGAGGUGGCUCACUGAAAAUUAUUCGACACGUCAUGAGAGAAUAUGCGGGUAACCUGGGCGAUGCCGGCAGCGAGGAAUGGCGCCAACAAGAGCAACAACACAUACUGCAACUGGUAGAUAAAUUU